UCAAUCAACCAAACCUUCCUUCUGGAAAAUACCGCCCCGCAUUCCCUUUCUUCUCUGCUGCUGCUGCUACUACUAAACUACUUUAGUAGUAGUGGGAGAAGUAAAAUUGCUUUGCUUCAUCUCUCUCUCUCUCUCUCUCUCUCUCUCUAGAAGUGUUUGCGUGCCUACGUAGGAAAGAGGGAGAGAGUUGUUUGUAUUAUGAGCCGUAGCCUUGGAAGCUUGAAACGACUGCGUAUUCCACCCCAACUCGAAGCUUUUAACUUCUCUCUCUACCACCGCUCCACUUCCUUCUUCUCCCUCCUCUCGUCUCUCUCCCCAUUCCGCCUUCUCAAACGCCUCUUCUUCAAAACCCUCCGCUACUUCCCCGUCUCUUUCCACCGCAUGGAUUCCUCCUUUUUAUUCUCCCUCUCUUCCCCCUCCCCUUCUUUCGCCGACGACGUUUUGUCUUCCGAUUACUCCUCUCCUUCCUCCUCCCCUGAACCCCUCUUCUUAGUUCCCCUCAGGUGGUGGACUGACGCGAAUGCGGCGUUGUAUGGCGGCGGUGGCGGCUGUGGGGAGAAUAAGGGAGUUUUGUAUAAUGUGACGUCGCGUUUGAGUAAUAAGGAGCUUGAGAUGGAUGAUUUCUUGUCGGAGGUGGAGUCCGAGAUUGUCCUUGACAUGACGAGAGUUGGGGAGACCGGCACCGCCCAAGGAGAGGGCGUUUCUGGCAGCUGCAGCGGCACCAGUGAUCUUAGUCUUGCUUUGAUUUCUGAAUGGAUGUUCUUGAGAGCUUUUAGAUGGCAUAAUGAUACUAAGGAUGUGGGAGCUUUUUUAGCGGCAGCAGAUAUUAUACAGGACUUGUUCUCUUUACAAAUCCGACUUUCCUUUUCGUGCAAAACAGAUUCACUCAUAAUAAGGAUAAACCGAAAGGUUUCAAGACAAUCCUCCUUUUCCUUGGCAUCUCUCUACCCUGACAAUGAGCUUAGAGAUUUUGAUCGAGCUUGCAGUAUUUUUUGUGUUGAUUCCGGCAUGUUGGAAAUUUGGGACUUUUCCGGACAGACAAACCAGUUUUUCAUGGAUGACAGGAAGCUACUCAGUGAUUUUGAUCAGCCUCGUGAGGAGAUGAUUUUGGAGUUGCAAGUUUAUGGGGUUGCUGAGGCUAGAGACAAUAAAAGAGAGAAAAUGAUUACUGACCAAUGCAAGAUUGAAGCUCCUCCUAUCAGUGGUACAAUGACGAUGAAUGGGAGUAUGGAUGAUGAGCUAUUCUCCAGAUUCAAGCAGUCGCCUCCCCUUGAUGGUAGCUAUAGUAAUGCUUGUGCUUUGGGCUUGACUGGAUUAUAUAAUCUGGGGAACACUUGUUUUAUGAACAGUGCCCUCCAGUGUCUUGUGCAUACAAGGGAGCUGGUUGAUUAUUUCCUUGGAGACUUCCGAAAAGAUCUUAAUUUCGAAAAUCCUUUAGGCAUGAAUGGUAAGCUAGCAUUAACUUUUGGAGAAUUGUUGAGGAAGCUAUGGGCUCCAGGAGCAACACCAGUGGCUCCAAGGAUAUUUAAGUCUGUGAUUGCUGGUUUUGCUCCUCAGUUCGGCGGAUAUAGUCAGCAUGAUGCUCAAGAGUUUCUUGCUUUUUUGUUGGAUGGGCUUCAUGAAGAUCUCGAUCGUGUAAAGCAUAAGCCUUAUGUUGAAGUGAAGGAUGUAGAUGGACACUUAGAUGAAGAAGUUGCAGAUGAACAUUGGCGGAAUCAUCUUGCUCGCAAUGACUCUAUCAUUGUUGAUCUGUGCCAAGGUCAGUACCGGUCAACAUUGGUUUGCCCUGUUUGCAAGAAGUUAUCCAUUACAUUUGAUCCAUUUAUGUACCUGUCAUUACCACUUCCUUCUACAACAAUGAGAAAAAUGACUUUGACUAUUUUCAGCACCGAUGGUAUCACUUUGCCUUUGCCAGUCACAGUUGCUGUGCCCAGAGAUGGGACUUUGAGUGAUCUGGUUGAGGCCUUGAGUGUGGCUUGCUGUUUACGAGAUGAUGAGACGCUGUUAAUUGCUGAGGUAUUUGAUGGUAGCGUUCUUGGUUAUCUAGAGGAGCCAUCUGGUAAAAUAGACCUGAUUAGAGAUCAGGCUCAUCUUGUCGCUUAUAGAAUGCUGAAAGAAAGUCAAAGAUCUCCUUUGUUCGUGUUCCGACAUCUACGUGAAGAAAAGUCAGAAUUUACUGGAUACAUAUAUUGCAAGAAAUUUGGUGUGCCUCUCCUGUCAAGGGUAUCUAAUUUUUCUGAAGGUUCUGAGAUACGCAAAGAAUUCCUAAAGCUGCUUAACCCAUUUGUAAUGCCUGCAGAAGAAUUGUCAAAUGACUAUGAUUGUAAAGGGAUUGACACUAAUGGAGAUGGUAAGAUAGAGUCAAUUCUGGAUGAAGAUGCAGACAUAGAGCCUGAAUCUGAGAUUGACAGCUGUGACUUUCAGUUUUAUCUGAAUGAAUCUUGUUGGAAAGAGUAUAAGAUAGAAAUGAAUAACCCGAGGCCAAUAUCAGUGUCUUCUGGCAUUGUGAAUGUGUUUGUUUCCUGGCCCAAAAAAAUGCUGGAAGUGUAUGACACUUCCCUUAUGAGUGUUUUACCAGAAGUCCAUAAAUCUACACUCUUCUCAAGAAAGUAUCAGGAAUCUGUUUCCCUAUAUAAAUGCCUUGACGCCUUCUUGAAGGAGGAACCACUUGGACCAGAAGACAUGUGGUACUGUCCCAGUUGCAAAACUCACAGGCAAGCCAGCAAAAAGUUAGAUCUGUGGCGAUUGCCAGAGAUACUGGUUAUUCAUUUAAAGAGGUUCUCAUACAACCGAUAUUUCAGAAACAAGCUAGAAACAUUUGUUGACUUUCCUAUAAAUGAUUUUGAUCUAUCAAAUUACAUGGCUCACAAAAAUAUCCAUAUGUCGCACCAUUACAUGCUUUAUGCUGUAAGUAAUCACCAAGGUGGCAUGGGGAGUGGUCAUUAUACUGCAUUCAUUCAAUUGGAAUUUUUGUUGCUUGAUGCAGCAUGGGCAAAAUAGGUGGUACGAAUUUGAUGACAGCAAUGUUUUCCAUAUUAGCGAGGAGCAGACAAAGACAUCAUCUGCUUAUGUUCUCUUCUACAGGAGAAUUUGAGAUACUGUACAUAAUAAUGUCCAUUAAUUAUAUGGUUGGAAUACUGGAUAGUGAGACAUAUUCAAGCAUCUUACCUCAGGUUUGGUGCCAGCCUCUAGGUUUCCAAGUUCAUUUGGGGCAAAUUGGAGGAGCUCAGCAAUGUAACCAUUGUACAUAUGCCAACAAAAUUUUUACUUGUUUAAGAGGUGAUUCCUCCGGAAAUAUGUCUGUACAUCAUUCUAACCUGUUUCUGGUGGGAAGAUCGUCAGGGAGCGACGUAGUGUUAACAUUCCUGUCGAAAUUGAUUAUACUUUUGAAUCCUUGUCUUUAUGGAGCUCAGUAUUCCUCUUUUGUUUUCGUGCUUGCCUGUUUACUGAAACAUUUAUGGCGUAAUUAUUUUUUAUCA